UUUCUUGCUUGCUCUUCGGGGAGGACUGGGACUGGGAGGAAGACUGUGAUCCCCAGUCCCUCAACGCUCCACGGCGGCCGUUGGAUCUCGGGCCUGAUCCGAACGGAGGCCGUCCGAUCCGACUGAUCUUUUCUCCUUUCCUUCUUUCUUUCUUUUUUUUUUUUUUUUAUAACGCAGUCGUGGCUCCUUCGUACUUGCACCGUCUGCUAUAAAGGACAAAAACAUCAAUCAGACGCUUCCUCAAGAGAAAAAAAUAAUUACAAUUCAAUACAAAAUCUCCUAAAAGCCUCUCCUAUCUCUCUCCUCACGCAAUCUCAAUCUCGGGGGCGCGUUCCUCGUAUCGUGAAUCUACUCGAGACCCGCGUUUCCUCUGCCCCCGAAUCGAUCUGGGUCGGCGGUAGUUUCGCGUGGGCUGAAUCGGUUUCCCCGAAUCAUCCGCCGCCGCCGCCAGCAGCAGCAGCAGCAGCAGCAGCCGCCAUGAGGAAGAGGGAGAGGGAGAACCCGUGCGGGGUGUGCGGCCACUACCACAAGUACGAGGAGGGCGAGGUGUGCGGGAUUUGCGGCCACCGGAUGCCCGUGGCGGCGGAGAAGGCGUCGGUCCACGUCAGCGCGUUCCCGACGGCGAUCCUGCCCGAUUUCCUCUACCUGGGGAGCUACGACAACGCCUCCCGGUCCGAGCUCCUCAAGACGCAGGGGAUUUCGCGGAUUCUCAAUACUGUGCCUGCCUGUCAAAAUCUUUACAAAAACUCAUUUACAUAUCACUGCCUCCAAUAUGACCACACCUUGCCCUUUGACGAUGCGAACCAGUUUUUAGAGCAAUGUGAAAGGGACAAAGCCCGAGUUCUUGUGCAUUGCAUGUCCGGGAAAAAUAGGUCGCCAGCCAUUGUGAUAGCUUACUUGAUGAAGUCAAGAGGAUGGAGGCUUGCAGAGAGUUACCGGUGGGUGAAAGAGCGGAGAUCAUCAGUGGAACUAAAUGAAGCUGUGAACCAGCAAUUGCGAGAAUAUGAGCAGAAGAUUUUUGGUUCCAUGGAUGGAUGUGAUGUAGCUCCACCCGUUUUUCCAUCUAUAAAUGCACAACCCUUCAGCUUCGGCUUCUCAAAUGUUAACAACCCAGUUCCACCUCCUGCAUUUAAUGUUGGUGCUGCCUCAAUCUUGAGUCGCCCUGCAUUAGAUAUUCCUCCACACGAGUUUACUUUUGGAGCAAGCCAAUUACAGAAAAGUUGUCACGAAAGCCCUCUCACAGCAAACUCCACAAAAUCAAAUGGCGGCGAUGCACCGAUGGACAGUGCUUAAAUUUCUUGUCAUCUCCUCUGGCUCCAAAAUCGUCCGUUUGUUGGGAGCAUCCGGUGCUGACUUAACGAGGCUGUUCAUGUUGUCGGGUGUAAAGUUGCGCGAAUGUUAAAAACUUGCUCUCUUGGGAUGGGGUAAAGGAAUUCGUGCUUUGGUUCCUGCUAAGAUUUCUCAAAAGGCAAGUGUUUUUUUGGGGGCUUGUCUGUAAUAACUUUUAUGCAACUUCAGUUGUCAAAAGUCUCAUGGUAAAUUGCUUUACAUUUCGUUCACUUGUUAUUAAA